AUGGCGGGGUUCUCAUCGCCGUAUAUUGUCGAGUUUGUGGGCGCGUCAUGGGGUAAACCCAUCGAUUUGGCGUAUGUGUUGGAGUUGUGUAUGGACCUGGGCGGCCUGCGCGACUACUUGGGCCAUCAAAACCCAAGGGAUUUUCAGUGGCAGGACAAGCUGACAUGCAUCUACAGCACCGUGGAAGGAUUGACAUUGGGAUGGUACACAGAACACAGCACAGAUACGAUGACUUUGGGAGUCUGCAUGUAUCGAUGGAUGGCCCCAUUGAUUCUGGAGUACAACCACUACUCAGUCGCUGCCGACAUCUUUCGUACGGUAUGUUUUUGUCCCGAGUUUUCGACCCACCAGCUGCCGUACUGCGAUCGGACCAACUACCGCGACUACUGGCUGCUCAUCGACACCGCCAUCAUGGUCGUGGUGGUGUCUGGGAUCAUUCAUCCGACGUUCUCAAACAUGCCGGGUUUACUCAAUGACUUGGCGCUCGAAUGCAUUGAUUUCGAGCCGAGGAAUCGACCGUCAGUCCGUGAUGGGAUCUACAAUUGCAAGUAA